CUUCUAGAGCUGAAUCUAUGUCUUAUAGUUAAGGAAGUUAUUAGUUUAAACUAAAGAUGGAAUCAGCAUUCAAGUGAGAAGCCCAAGACUGAAGCCAGCAGGCUUCUUAUGUGUACAGAGGAACCACUAUUUAUAUUUGUGAAGAGCACUUCCAGCCGAGUCAGAAAGAUCAUUUUGUUAAAAUUGGUAAUGUGAAUGGAGCCCAAGAAGCACUUGAUGUAGUGAAGAAAUGAGAAGACCCAAGCCUCCAAGAAGAAUCAAUAAUGCUAGUGAAUGAUAUUCAAAGGAGAGUGACAGAAACAUCCAAAGAGCUUGAUUCAUGCAUUGAUAAUAAUCAACUGGAAAGAUAUGAAUCAAUCGAGCAACAAAUCUUUACUAUCAUUUCGACGAUCCGAAACAGUCACCAUUUCAGAGAGUUUUGUGUGAAACAUUACUUAAGCCUUGUAUGAGAUUUCCUCUCGAUUGAUAGAAAGAAGAUUGAAAGAUUUAUCCGCAAAGGAAGGGAGCAAACCUCAUAUGAUAUCCAAUCCAUUCAGGCCAAAGAUGAGCUUGAAAAGGUUGAAGCAAAGUUUACUGAAUUUAAUGAAGGGACUAUUUCAAGCAUAAAGUUUUCCACCAAAACAGACCUAAAGAAUAUUUAUAAGCUUAUAACAGGAAAGAGUCUAACACUUAAGAAGAUAUAGAUUUGAGAUUGGGUCUUAAGUGUGCUGAAGAUGUUGAAUUUAUUAGAAAGAUCCGAGGCCAUAUUAUCCCAAAUAUUCCUAAACUAGUUAUCAAAAAUGCUCAUAUUGAUAUCAGAUUGGUAAAAGAAUUCCUUUAUUCUUUCUUCCCAGCUAAAGUAGGAAGAUUUCAUUUUAACCAUCAAGGAGAAAUGAUUAAUUAUGAUGAAUUUGCUGAUAUCAUUCUAGACAUCAACCCGAAGAUCUCCGAAGGCCUGUUUCUCUAUAAGUUUGAUCUUGGUCAAUUCCAGUUGGAGUCAUUUUUCAAACUAUCAACAAGAGUAUUAUAAAUGUAGGUUUGUGAUUUUGUAAACUUGAGUUAGAUCUAGUUCCUAAUUUCCAAUAUUCCUUAAAAUAUUCAAAGGUUCAAACAAUAAAUCUCGAUGAAUGAGGUCUUCCAGAAUUCUGAGAUUGGCAAAAUCACCCGAAAGAUUUAUAAACCUCAUCGAAGGGCUUUCAUGUAUCAAAAAUUUAAGGAAAAAUCCUAUUGAAAUCUACUUAAACAAAUGAGGGAUGUCGCAUUCCCAAGUAAGAGAGACCCUAGACAAGUUCGGAUUAGACUCCAUGAAGAUUUUGAACCAUUCGAUGUAAUUCUUAAGUUUUCAAAAAUUUAAAUUUAUUGAAAAUUUAAGCUAAAUUCUUUUUGGUCAAAUCUGGGUGGAGAUUUAGUCUAGAGGGGGUUGAGUGGUAGUCGAGGUGGUUUUGGAGGGUGUGAAGGUAAAUAUUUGGGGGAAAUUUGAAUGGGAUUCGGGUAGAGGUGUUUUAGAAGGGGUUUCUAGUGGAAGAGUUGAAGAAAUGGUUGGAAAGAUGGUUUAGAAGCGCUGGAAACAUAAUUUGGAGAGGGAAUAAGGUCUUUUUAGCAUUUCUAACUCAAUCUCAAGAGAAAUCUCAAAAGUCUGUCUCUAAUUAGUACACUUCCCAACACUCCCGACUACGCCCAAGAAACUUUUGUCUUCUCCUAGUGCAGAUAUUUUAGCUCAGCCUUCUCUUCUUGCCAAGCUUUGGCUUGGUUGAAUGCCUUCCCUGGCUUGGACUAGGCUGCCUUGGCUAGAUGUAGAAGUGGACUUAGGAGAGGGAUAACUGCAGAGCUAGAUUUUGAGAAGGGUUUGGAGUAUGGUAAAGUUCAAAUUUGUGCUUGAGG